AUGUUCAUGCUCUCCACCAGCAAGCAGAGACCACCAAGCAUUUGGAAAGGAAAAAGCCUGUGGCUGCCCCGGCGGGCGGUGACGGGUUUGCUGGCAGCUCUCAGGAAGGCCCGGCGGCAGCAGCAGCUGGUCAGCAAGAGGCUCCUGCGGGAGGACACGGAGCAGGGAGGGCAGGAUGGAGCUGAGGUCCUGCCAGGCCCUCUCUCGGAGGAUGAGGUUCUUGAGCUGCUCAGGGGGGUGCAGAGGGGCUCGGAGGACAGGAAAGGGUCACUCAGCCGCCUCCGUCGGGCUCUGCAGAACAAGGAGACUCAGCAGACCUUUGUCAGGCUGGACGGCAGCAUCCGGACGCUGGUGGGGCUCUUCACCAGCAGCCUGGCUGACGUGCAGAUGGAGGCAGCCCCGGCCCUCCAUGAGCUGUCCCACUCCAGUGACCCUGCCGUGGCCGAGGCGUGUCUGCCCGUGACCUCCUACCUCCUCACCUACCUCUCGGGACACAGCGUUGAGUUCACAGAGCUGUGUUUGUACACGCUGGGAAACCUGGUGGUGGAAAGUGAAGCUGCGAGGAAGCAGCUUCUGCCUCAGGGCAUCAUUCCAGUUCUGGCAUCCUGCAUCCAGUCCCCACACGAGGCUGUGCUGGAAGGUCUGGGCUACGUCCUCUCGCAGCUCCUCCAAGCCAAGGAAGCUCCCACAGAGAUCAUUCCCUUGGUGCUGGACUCUGUUCUCCCCCAGCACAUGCUGCGACUGGUUUGCUCGGGCCUGAAGGCUGGGACAGGAGCAGCUGUGGAGUUUGCCUGGUGUCUCCACUACAUCGUUUGUAGCCACACAGGCAGUGUCACCCUGCUGUCCCUGGGGGCCCUGCCCGCCCUCGCCUCGCUCCUGCUCGACCUGGCUUCUGAGAUGCCCCAAGACCCUCCUGAGGGCCUGGAGCUGCUGGUCUGCCCGGUGCUGAGGUGCCUGGGGAACCUGCUGGCGGAGGAGCCGGGCAGCGAGGGGGUGGCCCGGGACCAGCGCCUGCUCGUCGCCCUCUUCCUCAUCCUGCAGGCCUUCCUGCAGCAGCACCCCUUCAUCGUGCAGGAGAGCCUCUGGCUGCUCAACAACCUCACAGCGGAUGACCCCUUCUUCUGCUCUGCUCUGCUCUCCCUGGACUUGCUCCCAGCCUUGCUGCAGCUCCUGCCCUGCUCCCAGAUGGCCUGUGUGUUGGUCCUGACAGUUCUGUGCAAAGCAGCAGCAAAGGGACCAGCCUAUUGCCAGCAGCUGCACCAGGGGGGGACCCUGCCCCUCCUGCUGCCCACCCUGGCACUGCCCGACCCCGAGGCUGUGGGGCAGGGCCUCGAGCUGCUGCACCUCCUCUUCCUGCACUGGCCAGAGGCUGUUCCUGACUUUGUCAGACAAGGUGGCCACCAGGCCCUGGAGCAGCUCCAGAGCAGCCUGGAGCUGCAGGAACGGGCACAAGCACUGCUGGACAUGGUUGGGCAGCCCCAAGGAGCCUCCACCUUCAGUCCCUGCAUGGCCACGCUGCCUACCUCCUCCUGGGACACACCACCUCCCUUCCCUCCCCCUGCACUCUGA